AUGAGACCACUCAGUGAAGACGAGGCCGCUUUAGUAUUCAAGAAGCUUGCAGCUUAUAUUGGUGACAAGGUGCUGCAAAUGGUCGAAAAUAAUGAGUUCGGUCCUCAUUACUUUCGUCUUCACAAGGAGCGGGUCUACUACAUGAAUGAAAUGGUUCUAAAGUAUAGCGGAUGUAUCAAUAACAAGAAUCUAGUAUCUGCUGGCAUCUGUCUGGGCAAAUUCACAAAAAAGAGGAAUUUCCAUUUGCACAUUACGGCUCUGCAUCAUCUCGCUCACUAUUCCAAGAGCAAAGUGUGGCUAAAGUCUGGAGAUCAAUCGUUCAUCUACGGAAACAGUAUCCCAAAGAAGAACAUUGGACAAAUGAGUGAAGGAAUUCCACAAAACGGCGGUGUUGUUGUAAUGUCAAAUAACCUGCCACUUGGCUUUGGAAUAACGUCAAAAUCCACCGAGAAUCUGAGGAAUUCACUUCCAGACGACGUUGCCAUUAUCCAUCAGGCUGAUAUCGGGGAGUAUCUGCGCCACGAAACUGAAAUCAUAUAG